AUGGACAGUUAUUUUAAAGCAGCAGUCAGUGACUUGGACAGACUUCUCGAUGAUUUUGAACAGAAUCCAGAUGAACAAGAUUAUCUCCAAGAUGCACAAAAGGCGUAUGAUUCUAAGCACUAUUCAGUCUCUUCGGAGUUGACUGCCUCACAAGUAACUUCAUUGCUACCAAAGGAUCAACAGUGCAUUAAUUGUUGUGUCUCAUCAGAAACAGGUUAUGAGACAAAUCAGAUUGCCCUGAGUGAAGAAAUACUUGAGGGACUAACUUCUAUACAGAAUGAAAAAAAUGUAGCAGGGCUUGAUCUCCUUUCUUCUGUGGAUAGUGGCACUUCAGAUGAAAUCCAGCCCCUAUAUAUGGGACGAUGUAGUAAACCUGUUUGUGAUCUGAUAAGUGACAUGGGUAAUUUAGUUCAUGUAACUAAUAGUGAAGAAGAUAUUAAAAAACUAUUGCCAGAUGAUUCAAAGUCUAGUGCAGAUUCCUUGGUGGGACUGGAUUUAUCUUCAGUGUCAGAAACUUUCUGUGUGUCUUCAACAGACCAUGGUAAUAAUACUGUCAGAGAGGAACAGAAUGAUGUCAGCUCUGAAUUACAAAGCAGAGGAAUCAGUGGAACCACAGAAUUUGGUGUAAAAGUGGAUACAGUACUUUCAGAUUCAUGUAAUUACAAUGAAAAAGAAAAUGUAGAGGAUAAAAAGAUCUCUAAUCAGUCAGAACCAGUUGUUGAUUUUAACAUGCCAUCUGCUUUGACUCAACAAAGUUCCAAAGUGUUUGAUGCCAAAGACCACCCACAACACAAGAACCAGCUAUGUGAGUUAGUAAAAGCUGUUGGCUGUUUGGUAGAAGAGGAGGAAGAGGUGCCAGUUAAAGCUGCCACAGAAUGUUUAAAAGAAGGAGGCACAAGUGCUUUGUCUUGCAGUCUUCCAAAAAAUGGAGGCUUAUGCUUAAAUGGUUCAUAUUUAAGAGAUGAAAACUCCGAGUUACCCGACUUUUCCAUUGAGGAAGAUAGGACUGCUAUAUUUAUAAAAGAAUCUGCAAAAGAAGACUCCAGAAAUUUAGAUCUUAAUGAUAAUAGAGAUGUAAUCCAAGAUUCUGCUUCAGCUUUACAUGUUUCAAGUGAAAAUACAUACUCCUCACUGUCCUGUCUUCCAGUAGCUGGGUCUUUGUGUGGAUCUUUAAUUGACAGUAAAGGUCAUGGUGAUUUUUUACCCCAGAAUGAAAAUAAAGAUGAUGUACAGGAUGCAGUGACUGUAUAUGAAGAAAUACAGAAGAAAGUUACUCCAGGUGGGGAAUCUUUGAAGGAGACUGAUCUUUUGAAACAGGAUAAAUGUGAAAACAUACUUCAUCAGCCAUUAGCUGAAAAGAUGGGAGAUAGAAAGGUAGAUUCUAACCAGAUGGUAAUUAGGGUUGAGUCUGUGGAUUACCCUGAUAACAGCAGCUCUUGUACAGCUGCAGGAUCUCAGAUAGAGCUUUCUGGUGGUAGUGCCCCAGCAUCUCCUGAUCAUUGUCAUGGUCUCACUUUUUCAAGCAGUGAUAUUGACGGACAAGACUUAGAUUACUUUAACAUUGAUGAAGGCAUGAAAAGUGGCGCACCAGUUAGUGAUGCUGAACUUGAUGCCUUUCUCACUGAACAGUAUCUUCAGACGAGUAACAUAAAAUCAUUUGAAGAAAAUAUAAAUGAUGCAAAAUCUCAAAUGAAUCAGAUAGAUAUGAAAGGCCUGGAUGAUGGAAGUAUUGAUAAUAUAUAUUUCGAUGCUGAAGCAGGAGCUACUGGGGAAAGUCCUGGUAUUAAUAUGAUUUGUGAAACAGUUGAUAAACAAAAUACAGCUGAAAAUGGUAGCCUUUCUUUAGGCGAAAAAAGUACAGUUCCAGUUGAACAAGGGUUAUCUAGCAGUAAGUCUGAGAUUACAAAUGAAUUAUCAGUCUCUGAUAGUAACAGUCAGUCUGUUCAUGUUGGAGGGGCCAGACCUAAGCAAUUGUUUAGUGUUCCAUCAAGAACAAGGAGUUCAAAGGAACCAAAUAAACUGGAUAUUCCAAAUAUGCCUGAAAGUAAACCCAGGAUAACAAAUACCACUGUUCCAACCACCUAUACUACAGAUUCUGUGACUGACCCUCAGGUUAGCUUCAAUUCUAAUUACAUUGAUAUAGAAAGUAAUUUUGAAGGUGGAUCCAGUUUUGUAACUGCAAAUGAAGAAUCUCUUCCUGCAAACACUUGCAAAGAUGGCCUUGUUUUGGGCCAGAAACAACCUACUUGGGUUCCUGAUUCAGAAGCUCCAAACUGUAUGAACUGCCAAGUCAAAUUUACUUUUACGAAACGGAGACAUCAUUGCCGAGCAUGCGGAAAAGUAUUUUGCGGUGUCUGUUGUAAUAGGAAGUGUAAAUUGCAAUAUCUAGAGAAGGAGGCAAGAGUAUGUGUAGUCUGCUAUGAGACUAUUAGUAAAGCUCAGGCAUUUGAAAGGAUGAUGAGUCCAACUGGUUCUAAUCUUAAAUCUAAUCAUUCUGAUGAGUGUGCCACCAUCCCGCCUCUUCAGGAGACUCAAACAUCGAGUAUACCUUCACCUACAACUUUACCAAUCUCAGCACUGAAACAACCAAGUGUUGAAGGAUUAUGCUCCAAAGAACAGAAGAGAGUAUGGUUUGCAGAUGGUAUAUUGCCCAAUGGUGAAGUUGCAGAUACAACAAAAUUAUCAUCUGGAAGUAAAAGAUGUUCUGAAGACUUUAGUCCUCUCUUACCCGAUAUGCCGUUGAUGGUAGACACAGUGGACCAUGCCCAUUCUAUUCCAGUGGAAGAACCAAACAGUGACACAGGAGAUACAAGAAAUGAGAUAAUUCGAAGUCCUACUUCUCAGGUUCCACCUGUGGAAAAACUGCCUGCAAACACAGGAACUGAGGGGUUGCCUGCAUCUGCUGCUUUUACACUAGACGAUGAUGUUUUUGCAGAAACCGAGGAACCAUCAGGUCCUACUGAUGUCUUGGUUAACAGCAGUUUACCUGUUGCUAGUGCUUCAGAUUAUAGGUUAUUGUGUGGUAUUGAUGAUAAUGUUUGCAAUAAGAUUAGUCUUCUACCUGAUGAUGAGGACAGCUUGCCCCCCCUUCUGGUUACAUCUGGAGAAAAGGGAUCAGUGCCUGUAGUAGAAGAACACCCAUCUCAUGAACAAAUCAUUUUGCUUCUUGAAGGCGAAGGUUCUUGUCCUGUUACAUUUGUCUUAAAUGCUAAUCUACUUGUGAAUGUCAAGUUAGCAUUUUAUUCCUCAGACAAAUACUGGUACUUCUCAACCAAUGGAUUGCAUGGCUUGGGACAGGCAGAAAUUAUUAUUCUGUUGUUAUGUUUGCCAAAUGAAGAUACUAUUCCUAAGGACAUCUUCAGAUUGUUUAUCACCAUUUAUAAGGAUGCUCUGAAAGGAAAAUAUAUAGAAAACUUGGACAGUAUUACCUUUACUGAGAGUUUUCUCAGCAGCAAGGAUCAUGGAGGAUUUUUAUUUAUUACACCUACUUUUCAGAAACUUGAUGAUCUCCUAUUACCAAGUAAUCCUUUUCUUUGUGGAAUUCUUAUCCAGAAGCUAGAGAUUCCCUGGGCAAAGGUUUUUCCUAUGCGUUUAAUGUUGAGAUUGGGUGCAGAAUAUAAAGCAUAUCCUGCUCCUUUAACAAGUAUCAGAGGCCGAAAACCUCUUUUUGGAGAAAUAGGACACACUAUUAUGAACUUACUUGUUGACCUUCGAAAUUACCAGUAUACCUUGCAUAAUAUAGAUCAGCUGUUGAUUCAUAUGGAAAUGGGGAAGAGCUGCAUAAAAAUACCUCGGAAAAAAUACAAUGAUGUAAUGAAAGUAAUAAAUUCUUCUAAUGAGCAUGUCAUUAGCAUUGGAGCUAGUUUUAGUACAGAAGCAGAUUCUCAUCUAGUCUGUAUACAGAAUGAUGGAGUUUAUCAGACACAGGCCAACAGUGCUACUGGCCAUCCUAGAAAAGUGACAGGUGCAAGCUUUGUGGUAUUCAAUGGAGCUCUAAAAGCAUCCUCAGGAUUUCUUGCUAAGUCCAGCAUAGUUGAAGAUGGCUUAAUGGUACAAAUAACUCCAGAGACUAUGGAUGGCUUGCGGCUAGCUUUACGAGAACAAAAAGACUUUAAAAUUACAUGUGGGAAAGUUGAUGCUGUGGACAUGAGAGAAUAUGUGGACAUCUGCUGGGUAGAUUCUGAAGAAAAAGGAAACAAAGGUGUUAUUAGUUCAGUGGAUGGAAUAUCAUUACAAGGAUUUCCAAGUGAAAAAAUAAAACUGGAAGCAGAUUUUGAAACUGAUGAGAAGAUUGUAAGGUGUACUGAGGUAUUCUACUUUCUAAAGGACCAGGAUUUAUCUAUUUCAGCAACUCGUUACCAAUUUGCAAAAGAAAUCGCCAUGGCUUGUAGUGCUGCACUAUGCCCUCACUUGAAAACUCUAAAGAGUAAUGGGAUGAAUAAAAUUGGCCUCAGAGUUUCCAUUGACACUGAUAUGGUUGAAUUUCAGGCAGGAUCUGAAGGCCGACUUCUUCCUCAGCAUUAUCUUAAUGAUCUUGAUAGUGCUCUAAUCCCUGUGAUCCAUGGUGGGACCUCCAGCUCUACUAGUUUACCAUUAGAAAUAGAAUUAGUAUUUUUUAUUAUAGAAAAUCUUUUUGAGUGA